UGAAAUAUCUGGCCUGUGAAGAAAUGAUGGACGUACUUGGUUUUGGUUUUACUUCGGUAGUUGAGAACUGGUUGCUUGAUUGCUUAAGUUUUCACUUCUUAAUAUAUACAGGGACUACUCGAGUUCAGAUAUGGUCGCAACCUGAUGUACUGAUCCUUCAUUUACCAUCAUAAACUCGACCCUACUCGCUCUUCCGGAUUUCAGCUCUACCAAUCCAUCAUAGCCUCCCUCGACCCAUAUUGCUUUGGAAUCUCAGUUCGGUGAAAUGUGGUAGCGUCACAUUUUGGAGGAAGAUUAUGAUUCAGGUUUUAGUACCUUCUCCCUGAAAGUUGUUGUAUGGUAGGAAUGCUUUCUCAAUGCCCCUUCGUUUGCC